GUAUAGCAUUCGGGUGGGCAGGUCGACCAGCGUGCAUGGCCCGUUCACCGAUAAGCAAGGCACAGACCUGCUCGGUGGCGGCGGCACUGUUGUAUACGGAUCAAAUCACGGCGUGGUCUACGCGCCGGGCGGCGUCGGGGUCCUGACGGGCUCCGGGGGGGAAUCUGAUGUGCUGUACUAUCAUUAUCGUAUGUAUCUCCUCGCUACGCUCCCUAGGUAGUACGUUAGUAGUACCCUUCUGGAGGACGACACUACUGACAUGGCAUGGUUCUAGUCAAUAGUAGCAUUGGGUUCGAGGAUAAGCAAACGCGCCUGGGAUGGAGCUACCUCGAGUACGUAGACGGAUGGCCGUUCGCGAGGAGAUCGAUCAAUGCGUUGACUGCGUUUAACGUGCCCAAUACAUCCAAUACAUCCAAUGCCUCCAAUGCCUCCAAUGCCUCCAAUGCCUCCAAUGCCUCCCAUGCGCUCACUCCGUUCAAUACGUCCAUCACUCCAUCCAAUGCCUCGCAUGCGUCCAAUUCCUCCGACGAUGCUGAAAACUUGAGUUCGGCCCUCCAACCCAGCGGGGCCGUCGCGACGACCUUUUUUGCAUUCCUCUGCGUAUCGCUGUCGGCAGUCUUUCUUUCGCAGGAAUGCCGGGUAUAAUUUUGAUUCGGCGCAGUUGAGACUUAUUCUGUCUCUUGUGUUUUUACCUGUCAUGUUGAUAUUGGUGGCAUAGUAUAAUUUGU